AUGUCUAAGAAAGUCUGGAAAUCGUCCGCUCCUUCCACAUAUGAACAUAUCUCUAGUUUGAGACCUAAAUUCACGUCUCGUGUAGAUAACGUUCUUCACCAGAAAAAGGCCUUGACCUUCAGCAAUGUUGUUGUCCCAGAUAAGAAGACGAACACUCUAUCCUCGAGCGUUAUCUAUUCUCAAGGUAGUGACAUCUACGAAAUCGACUUCACCGUGCCAUUGCAGGAUACCUUGGAACCGGUGAAGGACUACGGUGACGCUUUUGAAAGUGCCGAGAAGACCUCAUUGAGCCCAAAAUUUGUUUACCAGGGUGAAACCGUUUCCAAAAUGGCUUACUUGGACAAGACUGGAGAAACAACGCUACUAGCCAUGUCCAAGAACGGGUCCUUGGCCUGGUUCAAGGAAGGUAUUAAAGUCCCAAUUCACAUCGUGCAAGAAAUGAUGGGUCCAGCCACCAGCUUCGCCAGUAUCCAUUCGUUGACUAGACCCGGUGAUUUGCCUGAAAAGGAUUUUUCAUUGGCAAUCUCUGACUUCGGCAUUUCUAGUGACACCGAAACCGUUGUCAAGUCUCAAAGUAACGGGGAUGAAGAAGACAGUAUUUUGAAAAUCGUUGACAAUGCUGGUAAACCUGGUGACAUCUUGCGUACUGUCCAUGUCCCAGGUACCACUGUGACUCAUACUGUAAAAUUUUUUGACAACCAUAUCUUUGCAUCUUGUUCAGAUGACAACGUCUUGAGAUUCUGGGACACUAGAACCUCGGACAAGCCUCUAUGGAUUUUGGGUGAGCCCAAAAACGGAAGAUUGACAUCGUUUGACUGUUCUCAAGUCUCCAAUAACUUGUUUGUUACCGGUUUCAGUACCGGUAUUAUCAAACUAUGGGAUGCUCGUGUAGCGGAAGCUGCCACCACCGAUUUGACUUACAGGCAAAAUGGUGAAGACCCUAUUCAAAAUGAAAUCGCAAACUUCUAUCAUGCAGGAGGUGAUUCUGUUGUCGAUGUCCAAUUCUCCACGACUUCAAGUUCUAAAUUCUUGACUGUUGGCGGUACCGGUAACGUUUACCACUGGAACACCGACUACACUCUGUCAAACUAUGAACCCAAGGUCAGCAACACAGCUCCACAAGAUGCCACUGAAAUAUCGCAAACAAACUCUUUGGAAUUCUUACACAAGGGUGGGAGCAGAAGAUCUCCAAAACAUGUCGGAAGAAGAAACGCUACUGCUUGGCAUCCGGUUAUCGAAGACCUGGUUGGUACGGUCGACGAUGAUACACUAGUCAGCAUCUACAAGCCAUACACCGAGGAAAGCGAAUAA